AUGGAGCAACACCCACUGAUGAAGUCGCUCUCUAUUCUCAGCCAGGCAACAUCUGGACGUCUCUUCAAUCCAUGGUGGCGAUUUAUUGAGAAGGCGAGUGUCCAUCGCAGCGAAUUUACAUCUGCUCGCACGGAAUUCUUCAAUAUUAUCGAGGAAAUAGUGCAAGAGCGUAAGAGUUCUGGAAAGAACCUGGAAGAUAACGGCGACUUCCUGUCGGCUUUGUUACGCGAUGGACAAGUUCAAGAUCCCGCCCUCCUUCGUGAUACUCUUGUGACGUUGUUAUUCGCGGCCAAAGACAACACACAGAACUCGCUGGCAUGGUCCCUAUAUGAGCUCUCACGUUCUCCUGUCUGGUUGAAGAAGCUACGCCAAGAGGCCCUCUCUAAUGGUGCCCCUACACAGGGUGUGCAAUAUAGCAACUUGGGGGGCUACCCUAUCCACCUUGCUGUCUUCUAUGAGACUCUGCGUCUGUGGCCUGGCGUCCCUAAGAACUCAAGGGUCGCACUGAAGGAUGACGUGCUCCCGGCGAUCCCGGAGGAAGGGUAUGGCCCCGUUCGCGUCUCGCGAGGUGAAUAUUUGCUGUGGUCCGACUACUCGACGAUGCGGAGCGAGCAUGUCUGGGGCCCUGACGCGAAGGAGUUCAACCCCGCGCGACACCUCGACGCGGAUGGGCUGUUUGUGAAACCGCCGCACCCCAAAUUCCACUCGUUCGGCUCGGGUCCGCGGCUAUGCCCCGGUGCGCAACUUGCCGCGUACGAGUUCGUCGUGUUCUGGUGCAGUGUCCUGCUGUGGUUCGACCUUGUGCCCGUUGACGACUUGGUGCGGCUCCCGGCAGACUCGCUUACGGUGUCGAUGCGCGACCCGCUGAUGGUGAAGGUUCAGUGGCGCAGCUUGAGUGCGGUGCCCGACUUGGAGUAG